AUGUCAGAACCCCCAAGAUUUUCCCCCAGCAGUGGCAAGUCUCAAACAUCAACCCCUCAGGCCAGCAGACACACCUGUGAGCUUCGUGGGGACUCCUGCCAGCAGAUGGCAGAAUCACAGAUUAAGGAUGGAUAUGAUGUCUGCUUCACCCAGCAAGACAGCAACACCUUCAUCUUGAUGGCUGCAGCUGUGAACAGGAGGCACAGCAUUGAUAAGACCGUAAGUUCAGGGUCAGGACCAGGACAAGGCCCUGAUGACUCUGAAGACCGCUUUCAUCCGUACCAGCAACAGUUCAGCGACAGCACAGUGACGGCUGCAGGUGGCCUCCAGCACUGCUCGUCUCCCUUCAGCAGCCUGCAGGAGGUCUGCAGCCCUGACAGUCUUACACACAGCUCCAGCAGUGAGAUGCCCACAUCCUGGGACCAAAACAACGGCAGCAUUCAGUAUUUGUACCCAGAUGUACCAGCUGUGCCAAUUGAGCCUUCCUGCUUCCAGUCUCAAAGUUAUCCAUCCUACAGCUCAUCGAGCCCUCUCCAACAGGUCUCAUCUAGACUGUACCCUGCUAAUGACCAGUCCAACAGCUCAAAAUAUUCACUGCACAGUCUCUCCACUCAAGCACAAAAGGAGAAUCCCACACAUUCCCUCUUCCCAAAGCCUAUUUACUCAUACAGCAUUCUGAUCUUCAUGGCUCUGAAAAACAGCAAAACAGGAAGCCUACCGGUCAGUGAGAUCUACAGCUUCAUGACUGAACACUUCCCCUUUUUCAAGACGGCUCCUGAUGGAUGGAAGAACUCUGUGCGGCACAACCUUUCCCUGAACAAGUGCUUUGAGAAGGUUGAAAACAAAAAUGGAAACUCUUCCCGCAAAGGCUGUCUGUGGGCUCUCAAUCCAGCCAAGGUGGAGAAGAUGCAAGAGGAGUUACACAAAUGGCGCCGCAAGGACCCCAUCACUGUUCGCAGGAGCAUGGCAAGACCAGAGGACCUAGAUCGUCUGUUGGGGACGAGACCGAACAAGUUCAGGUCUUUGCCGCCCUACCCUAACCCAGCCCUGUCCUCCAGACCGCUGCCUGUUUACAGCACCGCCACAUCAUCUUGCACCUCAACACAGCUCAGACCAAUCAGGCGUUUGCAGUAUUCCCACAUUCCUCCUUCCUCACAGCAGCCAUGCUAUCUUCCCCCUGCCGCUGCCCACCCUAGCAACUCAUUUGCCCAGUACUCACCCUGUGGACAGCAGCCUGGAAGCCUGAACUCACCCAUGGCUGGAAAGAUGCCAACACCUUACGAUGCCGCUCUGCAGGGCGAACACUGUGCUGGCCCAAGGAGCAUGCAGGACUUGCUGUUGGAAGGGGACGCCCGUUAUGACAUCGACAUGCUCAAUCCCAGUCUGAUUGACCUGCAGCUACAAGGUAAUUUGUGGGAGGAGUUACAAAAAGACAGCCUGGUGUCAGAUUCACAAGUUGUUACCACCACAUCCCUUUCCACGACCUCUGCCCUGCAGGACCCCAACGUCCAGGACAGCUGUCUACAGGCCACGCCGCCUGUCAGUCUGACAUCAGAGGUGGCUGCUAUUGGUCGAUGUAAAGCCAAAUACAUGUGUGACGACACAGGAUAUGGACACAUUUUUGAGCAGCAUGGCUGUUUGAAUGGGCUGAAUCCUGUGGUUUAUUCAGGGGUAGAGAGUCUGGCUGGGUAUGUAACCUCCUGUACAUCCAUCUCCUUAAUGUAA